UCUUGGGAUUGAGUCCCGGGCUCUCUGCAUGGGGCCUGCUUCUCCCUCUGCCUGUGUCUCUGCCUCUUUCUGUCUCUCAUGAAUAAGUAAAUAAAAUCUUUAAAAAAGGGGGGAGGGGGAGUGAGAUAGCAGUAGAAUUAGAGGGACUAAUUAGGACUGUGAAUAAACCUGAAAUGUGAAGAAUGGAGAAGAGCACCAACAGACAGUUAAUUUCAUCUAAUGCUAUUACUUUAUUACACAUGUUGAGACCGCGUGUUUGGGAAAAGAGAGUUGAGGUUUAUGUAGAACACUUUUUUCUUUUUAUAAAAUAAGCACAUUGUUAAACAUACGUAAAAUAUUAAAAACUACUUAGAAUAGAUUUUAAAAAUCACACCCUCCUCCACUUACACCCCCAACCCCCAACAAUGUGCCUUUUCCAGCUCUAAUUAGGGCAGGCAGGGACACACUUUAAUUCUUUCUCCGUCCUCGAGACCCUAAUCAGAACGGGGCUGCCCCCUUGCGGUCUCCUCGGUGUCACAGCCUCAAUCGGCCUGUCGUCCCUGAGCCCCCGUCCCCUUCGCGGCAUUGUACUUCCAGGCCUGCGAGAAGCACCAAGUAGUAAAUUCCAGACUUGGUCAACUACGGACGCGCACCUUCCCUCCUUCCGGGUCUUUCGAAUCUUCUCCAGGGAACACGUAAAGAAAUGAAGCCGGACAAAGGUCUAAUCUAGGAAAUCAGGAACCUACCCAGGCUCCGUUCCCUGCGCAGGGCCAGAGAAGCCCGCAUAGGCAAGUCAGGGACGAGCGAGCUGGGCUUUGACCUCUGGAGUCGUGGCUGGCUGGUAUCCGAGCUGGUAACGUGCGCGGCGGGUUAUGUAAGGAAAGGGCCGGAGGAGCCACCCCCGUGGGAGUGCGCGAGAGGACGCGGUGUUCUCGGCGGCAGUUCCCACCCUGCAGGGCAGGAGGCAGCCAGCCUGGAAGAGGCGGAGGCGGAGACGGUGAAGCGCGGACCUGCGGGUCACGAGGGCCCCGGGGGCGGCCGAGAGACAAGAGGAUACACAGGGGCGUCCAUCCGUUCUCUCGCACGUUGCACACCCAAGUCGCCGACGGCUUCCACGUGCGGCCCUCGGGCGGGGCACGGAAUGCUUCCCUUCCAGCCAAUCGUCACCUAGCUGUGUCUCUAUUGGCCGAGCCCCUGGAGGCUGUAGCAAAUGGGAUGCGAACUUGGGGAACAUGCGUCACGCGCCGCCGACUAGCCAACCAAUGAGGCCGCGAGGUUCCGAUCUUUGGGUACUCCGGGAGUUGUUAAGCUCCUGCUUCUGAACCUAUGGAUUCUCCAGCUAGCGAUUACUCCUGUUCUUCCUACUCUCUGUCUUCCUGUCUUUCCACCUCCCCAGUGAACAGUGACUUUGGCCUCCCGUCAGAUAGCGAGGGGGAGGACAAGGGGACCCAUGGCCCCAGGUCAGAUCCUGCUGGGCAGAGGGGAGGUUCUCGGCCCAGCCCGGGGCCUAUCCGCUGCAGGCAACGAACCAAGGUUUCCAGCAACCAACAUACAGCAUCUCACCUGGAACAGCGGGGCUUGGCCUCUCUUAUGGUGGGAUCUGGGGUCAAAAAAUCAAGAGAUGGUGAAUUACAGACCAACGUAAACAUCCAAGGUUGUACCACAGAAGGAGACCGGCUCUUUGCUCAGAAGUGUAAAGAGCUCCAAGGAUUUAUCCGUCCUCUCACAGACCUACUGAAUGGGCUGAAGAUGGGUCGAUUUGAGAGAGGAUUGAGCAGUUUCCAGCAGAGUGUGGCAAUGGACAGAAUCCAGCGUAUUGUAGGUAUUUUGCAGAAGCCACAAAUGGGGGAGCGUUAUCUAGGAACCUUGCUACAGGUAGAAGGGAUGUUAAAGACUUGGUUUCCUCAUAUAGCUGCCCAGAAGUCAUCAUUGAGUAGUAGCAGGCACCAGCUGACCAAGCAUUUUCCAAGCCCCCACAGUUACUCAGCUGCUUCCUCUCCUGCACCUCCCCUGGAAAAGAUGAACAAGACACAGUUAGGACAUCUGCUGUUUAAACCAAAGCAGCCUUGGCACUUCACUGAAUGGCCAACUAUGCACCUUACUUGGAUCCACACCACUCCAAUCUGCAACCCUCCCCUCAGUUCCCCAGGUACCAUUUCCUUUAGCCAUGGUCCUUUAGGCACUGGAGCCAGCAUUGGUGUCAUCCUUUUUGUCCAGCAUGGAAUGCAGCCUUUCACCCAUUCUGCCCCAACCACUCCAGUUCCGCCCACCACAGCGUCUCCUGUCAUCCCUGUUGAUCCUAAGAAACUCUCUAGAGAGGGACCUCAUUGCCACAGUUUGCCAGCAACUCUGCCAUCAGACUGCAGCUGUACCCUGUCUGGCCCUGGUCUACCCACUAUGGCCAGAGAGAUGAGCAUGGGACAUCUAGAGCAAAUGAGAAGCCAUCCUCCAGUUGCUCCUGAGGUCCAUUCUCUCAACCCCUAAUCCAGGACUUGAGACUGUGGUUUCUAAUUUGUGUAAAUGUAUGUCUCUCAUAUAUAUUUUUUACUUUUCAUGUGUACAUUUGUGUUGAGGGAAGAGAAGUCCUUUUUGAUUAAAGAAACUUUAUACCUAAACAGUUUGUUGGUUGGAGGAAAUUGAAACCUUCUGCUUCAAAUACCAAUAUUGGGCUUCUCAGCAGCAGAAAAGACAAAGGGGAUAGGAAUAUUUGUGAAAAUAAUCUCCAGCAAGUUAGAAGUCUGGAUGGGAUGACAGAAGUCCUGUGAAGAGGAAAUGGGACUCUGCUGCUGGCUUCCUAGGGACUACCCUUGGGAUGGUUACAGGGUUCAGAAUUGGGCUUAUGUUUUCAUUUAGUUUCAGAGACUAGUACCUUUCCCUUUGUGUCUCUCACUUUUGUAGUCUUCCAGCUGGCCCAGACUAGCAGGUUUUUUCUGCUCUGGGAUAGCUCUUUGCUUUGAUGGGAGCUGUUGAUGCUCGUGGAUAAAUACAUAUGUAAUCUACUGCAGCCAGAGGAGGAAUAGAAGAGCCAGAACAGCCACUGUGGUGGCCAGUUUUGAAGAGGAAGGGGUGCACUAGAACUGUCAGAAUAGGAAGGCUCCUCAGACACUGGGCCACAUCUUUAUUCAGAAAGCUGCAGGAGGGGCGCCAGGGUGGGUGGCCUAGUCCAUUAGGCUUAAGCCUCAGACUCUUGAUUUUGGGUCAGGUCAUGAUCUCAGGGUCGUAAGAUCAAACCCCUUGCUGGUCACAGAGCCUACUUGAGAUUCUCUCUCUCUCUGCCCCUCCCCAAGUAAAAUAAAUAAAUAAAUCUUAAAACAACAACAACAAAGAAAAAAACCUGCAGCUGCUAAACCUAUGCAAGACUAAGGAAAGCUACCCAGUGCUAUCAUGAGGCAAACAUGAAAGUCAGUGAAUUUAUCUAAUACCCUUCUCUGUAUAUUACUCUAACUCAUAUAUCCCAGUUUCCACCAAAACCAUGUCUUCUCCCGUCCUAAGCCUUGGCAGUGUAUCAGACCACUUGGUCAUUUUAGUUAUUGUUUAUUGGCUACUUAGCAUAUUUCUCACAGCUAGUUAUACAUCUUUACCCUAUUUCCCAAGUACUCUGUUCUCAGGGAAUAAUUAUCUCUUGAUUUCAGAGAGAAAAUGACCUCUUUUCUUUUUUUAAGAUUUUAUUUAUUUAUUUGAGAGAGAGAGAGCACAUGAGCAGAGAGAGGGGCAGAAGGAGAGAGAGAAGCAGACUCGCCACUGAGCAGGGAGCCCAGAAUCAGGACUUGAUCCCUGGACCCUGAGAUCAUGACCUGAGCUGAAAGGCACUUAACCGACUUAGCCACCCAGGCACAUGACCUCCUUUUUAAGGCAAACGUCUCCAUUUGUGCUUUUGAUUACCUUUCUCCUCUGGAACUUUUACUGUAUCACUUAUCACUUGUAACUUCACGUUGUUCUUGAAUUGUUUAUUUAUUUAUAUCUCCUACAAGUAGUAUUUAUUCCUCCCACAAGUUCGGAUCAGGUCUCCCCCUUCUGGAAAACAUCUCUUAAGUCUGAUUGUCCUUUUUUGUCAUCUUCAUAUUUUUAACAGUCUAAUCUUUCUCUUUUCUACCACUCAAUCCUUAGCCUCUUGCAGCUACUAUUCUACUGUACCUUCCAGGGUCACUAAUUAUCACACCAAAUUAGGUAUUCUUUUUUUUUUUUAAGAUUUUAUUUAUGGGUGGCACCUGGGUGGCUCAGGUCACGAUCUUGGGGGCCAGGGAUCAAGCCCUGUGUGGGGCUCCCUGCUCAGUAGGCAGUCUGCUUCUGCCUCUGCCCCCCUCCCACUUGUGCUCUCUCCCUCUCAAAUGAAUAAAUCAAAUCUUAAAAAAUUAAAAAAAUAUUUUAUGUAUCUGAGAGAGAGAGCAUACAAAUAAGCAGGUGGGGAGGGCCAGAGGGAGAAGCAUACUGCUUACUGAGCAGGGAGCCCAAUGUGGGGCUUGAUCCCAGGAUCCCAAGAUCAUGACUCAUAAUCCAAACCUAAAGGCAGAUGCUUAAUGAACUGAGCCAUCUAGGCACCCCAGUAUCAAGUAUUCUAAUAUAUUUUCCACCGAAUCAAUAACUAGAUCCAAGCACAAAGGCUAUGUGCUCCAUGCUCUCUGUAGCAUCUGACACGCUUGAUGUUACCUACUGAAACUCUCCUCCCUUGGAUCCCAUGACAGCAUGCUAUCCACUAUCCUAAUUCUCCUCUUACCUUCCUGGCAGCAACUUCUAUACCUUGUAAUGGUCCCACUUAAGCCUGAUCUAGGGUGUGGACAUUCCCUUAGGCUUAGUCCUUGAUCCUUUAUUCUCUGACUAUAUUCUUUCACUUAAAAAUUUCAUCUUUCAUGGCUUUAUUGCCUCAACUUUUAAGACUUCUGAAUUGGGAAUCCCUGGGUGGCUCAGCAGUUUGGUGCCUACCUUUGGCCCAGGGUGUGAUCCUGGAGACCCGGAUCGAGUCCCACAUCAGGCUCCCUGCAUGGAGCCUGCUUCUCCCUCUGCCCCUCUCUCUCUCUCUCUCUCUCUCUCUCUCUCUCUCUCUCGUAUUUCAUGAAUAAAUAAAUAAAAUCUUAAAAAAAGACUUCUGAAUCUCCAUCUCUAAUCCCAAUUUCUCCCCUAGAAGACAUACUGAAUGUCUAUAUCUUUGCUGAACAGUUCUAUUUACAUGUUAUUAGUACCUAAAUAUUGUUGAAAAUUUCAGCAUUUUAGAACCAAGAGGUAUCAUUCACCACUCCUCCUCAUUUUUUAGAUGAGGAAACUUAGGUGGCUUAUGCAAGACAACACAACAUGGGGACAGAACUCUGGAUUUCCAGUCUGGUGCUUUUUCCAGUGGUCACCAAUCAAAAUAUUAUCUUUCCUUUAAAGAUGUCCUAUUCUGCUGUUUUAUACUCUUUUUCUUCUGUUAACACUAUGCUACCAUCAUUUUUCUAGAUAACUAAACUUAAAACUGCCCUCUUCCUACCCAUUUCAUUGCCACAUUUUUGGUCUGAACUUUAACUAUAGGAAUAGUCUCUCUUACCUCUCAUCUCUGCUCACUGAUACCAGAUUACUUUUCCUAGAACAGUGCUUUGCAUGUCAUUUCCUAUUCAACUCCUUCAGUGGCUCCUCAGUGCUUUGAGAAGUUCAAAGACUUUUCUCAAAGUCUUUGUUUCUCCUUCUGUUCCCCCACUUGAUCCCUAUGUUUACUUUUUCAUUUGCCCUUGAUGAACACUGUAAGACUUUUUAACUCUGAACUCUUCUUCAUGCUGUUCACCUUGCCCAGUCUUUCCUGCAUCUGUCAACUAAAUCCUACCUUUAAGAGACUCACUCAAGGCCUUCUCCCAAUUAUUCUUUCCUCUAAACAUGAUGUAUAAGCCGUCUUGGGCCCUUUCCUCCAUCAAAUGAGAUCAUGCACAUAAAGUGCCCAUACAAGGUUUGGCAUAUAGCAGGCUCUCAAAAAUGUUACUUUCCCUCUGCUUUUAUUUCAAAAAGAAUUUUCCAUUUUAUCCCAGUUGAUUCCCAUGACAAAUUUCGUGAUUGAGGGCAGACAUUGGUCUCAUUUUACAGACGAGAAAAUAGACUAAGAGUUUGUUAGGAGUCAGCAAGACUCAGAUAGUAAGUGUUUUAGGCUUUGUGGGCCGUACAUCUCUGUCGCAACUACCCAUCUCUGCCAUUGUAGCCCAAAACAGCCAUAUCUAAUAUGUAAACAAAUGAGCACAACUGUGCUCCUAUAAAGUUUUAUUUACAAAAACAGGGGUUGAACUGGAUUUUAUAAGCCGUAGAUUUCAGACUAUUGGUUCAAGUGACAUAGAACUUAUGACUAUCAGAAUUUGGAUAGAAAUCAGAUCUCUUGGGAUGGCUGGGUGGCUCAGUGGUUGAGCGUCUGCCUUUGGCUCAGGGCAUGAUCCUGGGGUCCCAGGAUGGAGUCCCACAUUGGUUCUUUGUGAGGAGCCUUCUUCUCCCUGUGCCUAUGUCUCUGCCCCUCCCUGUCUCUCAUGAAUAAAUAAAUAAAAUCUUUUUUAAAAAAUUAAAAGAAAUCAGAUCUCUCGACUUCUAAUCCACUGCUUUUCCAUAUUAUCCUUUUGCCUAUAUAAUUUACUUUGUAUUUAUCAUACGCUAAUUUGUUUUACUACUUAACUUUAAUGUCUACUGUAUUGUCUUCUAGUGGUCCAAGGGGUACUGGAAUGGUAUGAAAAACAAAGAGUAGGCAUUUACAAAGUUUGUUAAUAAACAUGAUGAUGUCUAGCUCUAUUUUAGUAUUUUGAACCUGGAUUACCUUAUAACACAAGUACCUGCUUGUGCACCUUUCUUCUUUUGAGCCUUUCUCUACUGUUUUCCAGUACAUGCUAGAUCUGAAUUUAUGUGAAAAACCA